GUUCCCCAUUUGCCUCGUCGCCCACCGCCCCAUUAGCGCCGCCCUCCCUUAUCCGACCCAACGCCGCCGCCGCCGCCGCAUAGACCUCGCCGGCGCCUCUGCGCCGCCCCGUGGCCUCCGGAGGUGCUAUUCGCGCGCGAUCCGCCGCUGCGUCCGUCGCUCUGGCAUCGAUUCGGCGGCGCUGGGAGCUGUAGAAGCGAGUUGGUUGGAGAUCAGAAACAGGCUACCCAACUUGAAGAUGGCACUGCGACGGGCUCUAGGAUGGUCGGAAGGGGAGGUUAUGCGACCAGAGUCAAAGCCCUGCUCCCGGUUAAUGCGGCAGACUGCGGGCAUCUUCUCCGUCGGUGGUGGUCUGGCUUUCUGGGUGCUCUGCCGCCUUCACUAUGGUCCAAGAAUCACUGUUCCAAGGAGUCUCAGAUGGGCGUCAUGCGGAGCAGUCUCUAUGAGCGCGACAUCAGCAUUGCUUGUGCGGCUCUUUAGCCCAGAGUGUGAGCCUCAAAACAUAGCUGCCUUCGACAAACCUGAACUAAAGGCCCAAUAGCAUAACCGAAAACUGGUGUUAAUCUACCAAGACCCAUGCAAGUUUUUGUUAAUCUGCCAAGAUCUAUCCAAGUUUCUGUCCUUGUAAUGAUCCAGGCAGUUCCUGUAAGAUACUUUUGCGUGGUACAACCCGCCAUUAAUUGUUUGUUUGGGAUUGCUACAGGUUUCAGUUUCAGCAUGGAAGAUGUGGUUUAUAAUAUAAAUCUAAAUAGUUUAA